CCUUGAGAGCAUAGUACACACUUAUAAACGACUCACUGUGCGUCAGUAGAACCUACUGAACGUUAGUUCAGGAACUCGCGAACUUUUCAUGCCCAAGCCCUGAAAACGGCUAUGCUUAGUGCUGUCACAAAGUGCCUGUUGUCCAAUUCUGUCGCCGGGAUAAGAAUGAUGUCUCACAGCAGUCUUUCUGGAAAAGUUGCCAUAGUAACUGCUUCCACGGAUGGGAUUGGCCUGGCCGCAGCUCAAGCGCUGGGUAAGAGAGGAGCUCAUGUUGUUGUGAGCAGUCGACGGCAAGCGAAUGUUGACAAGGCUGUAGAAUUACUGCGUAGCGAGAAGAUCAAAGUCACUGGGACUACGUGUAAUGUGGGGAAAAGCGAAGACAGAGAGAAGCUGGUGAAUAUGACAUUAGAGGAGUGUGGUGGUGUUGAUAUCCUGGUCUCCAACGCAGCUGUAAACCCCUUCUUUGGCAAUAUCUUGGACUCUACAGAGGCAGUCUGGGACAAGAUCCUAGAUGUGAAUGUGAAGGCUGCUUUUCUUCUUACCAAACUUGUGGUGCCACACAUGGAGAAAAGAGGGGGUGGAUCUGUCGUGUUUGUGUCAUCAGUAGCAGGUUAUCAGCCUUUUCAGGCGUUGGGUCCGUACAGCGUGAGCAAGACGGCCCUGUUGGGUUUGACUCGCGCUCUGGCCCCUGAACUGGCUCAGAGCAACGUUCGGGUCAACUGUGUGGCUCCUGGAAUCAUCAAAACCCGCUUCAGCUCAGCGUUAUGGGCAAGUGAGGACAUGGUAGAUGAAUUUAAGAAACAGCUGAGCAUUAAAAGGCUUGGGGAGCCAGAGGAUAUCGGUGGAGUUAUCGCUUUUCUGUGUUCCGACGACGCUUCCUACAUCACGGGAGAGACCGUCACGGUGACGGGUGGCAUGAAUUGCAGACUAUAGGGAGAGUGUGUGUUUGUGUGUGUGUGUGAGGGAGAGCGUGCAGGAGAAGCACUUUGAAUAAAGUAAACUUAUGGAAAAUAUGAUGUCAUGUUAGGAGGAGUAGUCAAAAUUCUCUAUCAUUGUGUAGGGCAUAGACUCACAAUGGAACAGAUGAACAUCAGUAAAACUGCUUUUAUACACAC